AUGUCGUCAAAAAGUGACCUUGCGCUGGCGGCGAAGCUAGCGUCGACGCCAUCUAACGGCGAGUCGGCGGCGUCUACCGUGGAGGCCGACCUGGAUCUGCCUAAGGAUUGCUUUCUGCUGCCAAAGCAGAACGACGGCUUCCAAAUCCCGUACUUUCUCUCAAGCGAGGAGGAGGUGAACAAGAUCCGGCCUCCCACUGUCGUGAAGACGUGGGAGCAGCGUCGCGGGGAGCUCGAGGAAGCACAGCAACGCAAGCUGGAGGCGUUCAUAAAGAUGGUCUCCGCUGCGCCGUGGUACGCGGCGGAGAAGUUCGACAACUGGCUGUGUCUCCGCUACCUUCUCGCCCGCAGCUUCGACCUCGAUAAGGCCUUCUCAAUGCUGGAGGGC